AAUUGCGAUGAGAGGUUGGGAGUGCUGGAAAAGAAAAUGGCUGAGCUACAAGAAGAGAACUCGUACCUGACGACCCGGCUCUGGGACAUUACCGAGGCUGUUCAAAGUCUGCUCAAGGAGAAAGGAAGCUCCAAGCUAAAAGAACAGAAACAAAUCAUCUCAUUCUCAGCACACGCCGCGUCGAACAUCCCAUUUCUAAAGGAUGCUGACGUCAUAGUCUUUGAUGACGUGCUGGUCAACAACGGUGGGGCCUACAACCCCAGGAGUGGCAUCUUCACGGUGCCAGUGUCCGGCGUCUACCUGUUCACAGCAACCAUCGUCUCCGGGUUCAACACCACCAUCGAGACGAUGAUCACCCUGAACGGACAAGAAGUGAGCCGAGUCUUCUCGGGGGCGUUCGGCAACCGUGGCUCGGGCACCAACUCGGUGGUUCUCAACCUGAGGGAGGGGGAUGACGUCUGGGUGGCCCUUUUCUACGGCAAUGGGAACUACGUUCAUGGGAAAUGGAGUAGUUUUACGGGGACGUUGAUAGAGACAUACUAGGGUCAUUCAUGUAUUAUACUAGAGUCAUUAAUAGAAACACUGUAGGAUUAUAUAUACAUAUAAACGGCAAUGGGAACUACGUUCAUGGGAAAUGGAGUAGUUUUACGGGGACGUUGAUAGAGACAUACUAGGGGCGUUCAUAUUAUAU